AUUAUGUUUUUAUUUGUUAGAUUAUUUAUAUUUAUUUUUAAAUGACAACGUUUAAUUUUUAUUCUAAUUUCUUUAGAAUUUAUAAUGUUGAGAUUAUUUUUAAAAUUUUCUUAUGUUUUAGGGGAAAUAAUGUUUUUUUAUUUUAUGUGUUUUUCUGUUAUUUCAAGAAUCCUGGGUAUGGUAGUUAUAGUAGGUAAUAUAAAAUUUUUUGGUAGUGAUAAUUGUAUUUUUUAG